AUGUCGAAUCUCCCGCACUGUUAUUUAUUAUUCUUUUACUCGACCAGUAGCGUGCUCGGAGAAAGCAUUGUGACUUCUGUAGAUACGUCACUGCUUCAGGCAAGCCACAGCACGCUCUCCACACUCCCUGAUCAGCCAUGCGAGGACUGGAUCGACUUCGGCGCUUCAACCGUGCAGUCCAAUCUCGGAGGUAUGGGCCCAGAUACCGAGUCAAGAAGGGAGCUGCGGUUCCAGGGAGCAGGCAAGCUUGGGGCCUCAGGGACAGCAUUCGACCUGAUGUUCAAGAACACGACCACGUACCAGCCGAAAAUCCCCGCAUUCAACCGUGUUUCUGGAGCCACUGCGCGGAUGAAUCUUUUCAUUGGCACUUCUGUGGAGCUGGAGGGAACCUUCGUGGAGAAGGGCACCGAGAGCCAGGUCACCCCCAAUUUGGCCAAGCUCACGUUCUGCGACGUCGACCACUACAAGUCCAAGCAGAACGAGGAGCUGGCCCUAUCGGACGUCAGUGCCUUCUACGUCGCGGCCGACGGGCCCGACUUCCUCUACCACCUCGCAAAGGACGAGCGUGACCACGCCGCCGCGCCGCUGAACCACCACGAGGAGGUCAUCCCCACGCAGGUUGUGGGGAGGAAGGCCAAGAAAUUCAUGGCGAUGGACGGGUCCACGUUCGGGGUCACGGUGAUUUCUCUCAGAUUUGGCGAUGCCUGCGACGACCCUCUCGACCCGAACGUUCUGACCAACGUCACGUGCUCUACGGGCCCCAACCGUACCGUCGCGACCAAUCGUACUGUCGACCAGGCCAAGCGGUGCUUCAUGGUGGAGUUCCGGAACACGUCCCGCUUCGCCAUGGCGGCGAGGAUCCCCAGCAAGAACGGCCAGUCGGAAUGGAGCCGCAACUUCGCCAUAGCAGGGACGUCUCGCUUCUUCGCGGCGGAUACAAGCCGUGCCUGCGUGGACUCGGCGCCAGCUCUGGCGGCGGCUGCGGAGGAGGCGAAGGCAGAGGCCGCCCCGGCAGCAGAAACGGAGGAGGCGAAGCAGGCUGAGUUUCCCGCGCCAGCAGCGGAGGAUUCGAAGCCGGUUGAGGCACCGAUUGCAGCCGCCGAGGAGGCGAAGCUGGAGGCCGCAAUGGCAGCGACCAGGGGCACCAACCAGGUGCCCACCGACGAUGCCGUGGAGAGGAUGAUGGCCGAGGGAUCCGCGCCAGUUGCUGAGGAGGCGAGGCCAGUUGAGGCACCAACGGCAGCAAUUGAGGAGGCGAAGCUGGAGGCCGCACCAGCAGCGGCAACGGGGCCAACCGACGACGCCGUGGAGAGGAUGAUGGCCGAGGGAUCCGCGCCAAUUUCUGAGGAGGCGAAGCCAGUUGAGGCACCGGCGGCAGCCACCGAGGAGUCGAAGCCGCAGGCCACGCUGGCAGCGGCAACGGGGCCAACCGACGACGCCGUGGAGAGGAUGAUGGCCGAGGGCAGCACCGCCGCCACUGGGCCAUCCGACCGCGCACCCAAUAGCACCAGCCAGGUGCCCACCGACGAUGCCGUGGAGCGGAUGCUGGCCGAGGGAUCCGCGCCAGCAGUUGAGGAGGCGAAGCCAGUUGAGGCACUGGCAGUCGCAGCCGAAGAGGCGAAGCUGGAGGCCGCACCGGCAGCGGCAACGGGACCAACUGACGAUGCUGUGGAGAGGAUGAUGGCCGAGGGAUCCGCGCCAGUUUCUGAGGAGGCGAAGCCAGUUGAGGCACCAGCGCCAGCAUCCGAGGAGGCGCGGCCUGAGGCCGCACCGGCAGCGGCAUCGGAGGAGACGAAGCCAGCUGAGGCUGUUGAGGCUGUUGGGACUGUGCCGACCGACGACGCCGUUGAGAGGAUUCUGGCCGAGGGCAGCACCGACGCCACUGGGCCAACUGACCGCGUAUCAAACGGCACCAGCCUGCCAUCCGACGACGCCGUGGAGAGGAUGCUGGCGGAGGACAGCACUGCCGACACUGGGCCAUCCGACAGCGUCUCCAACGUCACCAGCCAAGGGCCAACCGACGACGCCGUGGAGAGGAUGCUGGCUGAGGACAGCACUGCCGACACUGGGCCAUCCGACCGCGCAUCCAACAGCACCAGCCAGGUGCCAACCGAUGACGCCGUAGAGAGGAUGCUGGCCGAGGGAUCCGCGCCAGCACCUGAGGAGGCGAAGCCAGUUGAGGCACCAGCGGCAGCAGUAGAGGAGGCGAAGCCGCAGGCCGCACCGGCAGCGGCAACGGGGGAUGCGAAGCCAGUUGAGGCUGUUGAGGCACUGGCGGCAUCAGUCGAGGAGGCGAAGCCAGCGGCCGCACUUGCAGCGGCAACGAAUGCAGCGAAGCCAGCUCAGGGUGUUGAAGCACUUGCGACAGCAGCCGAGGAGGCGAAGCCAAGCGACCGCGUCUCCAGUGAUGACAGCCAGGGGACAACCGACACCACAGUGGAGAGGACACUGGCCGAAGCGGGCGCUGCAGCUGCCGAGGCGGGCGCGCUGCAGAGGCGGGCGCGUGCUGCAGAGGCCAUCCACAGUGCAGAGCAGAGCCCCUCCAGAGCAGAGCCCCGCCACCAGGGCUCUGCUGAAGACGCUGUGAGGAGGGCUCUGGCCGAGGCAGGCGCUGCAGCUGCAGAGGCGGGCGCGCUGCAGAGGCGGGCGCGCGCGGCAGAGCAGCGCCACUCCAGAGCAGAGCCCCUCAGCCAGGCCUCUGAUACUGACGCUCCUCUUACCGACCGCGUCUCCGAGGGCACUGUUCAGCCAGGGCGGAUUUUGCCGCCUCCCCCCUCCGCCAAGGGCCCUGAACCGAGGGCUGCCCUACACGCGGCAGAAGCGCAGCAACAAUCUCCACGGGAUACUGUCCAGCGGCCACGGGACUCUGCUCAGCGGGCGAAGGUGCAGGGGUCGGUGAAGGCCGCUGGGGACCCGCAUUUGGUCAACAUGCAUGGCCAGCGCUUCGACAUCUUGCAGCCUGGCAGCCACAUUUUGCUUCAGAUCCCCAGGUGGACCUUUCACACCAGGACGAUGCUUCGGGUGGAUGCUCUCGUGAGCCAGAUCGGCGGCGCUUGCGCAGACAUGUACUUCAGGAACCUGAACGUUACAGGGAGGUGGGUGGACGCGAAGUUCAAGGGUGGGUUGCAUUAUACUGCAGGCAGCGAUAUCGGCCGCACUGGCAAGACGAGCUGGAUGAACUUCGGCGGUGUGGAGCUGAAAGUUGCUAAUGGUCACACCAACCAGGGCGUCGAGUACCUGAACUUCUUCGCAAGGCACCUGCGGAAUUUCAAAUAUCCGAUCGGAGGUCUUCUCGGCGAGGACGACCACACUGCCGCCGCCACCGCGAACCUGGCAUGCAAGAAACAUAUUGACAUUUGA